AUGACACAAAUCUACACAAACCACCACGACACAAACUACCACGACACAAACCACCACGACACAAACCACCACGACACAAACCACCACGACACAAACCACCACGACACAAACCACAACAACACAAACCACCACGACACAAACCACCACAACACAACCACCACAACACAAACCACCACGACACAAACCACCACCACACAAACCACCACCACACACAAAUCUACACAAACCACCACGACACAAAUCUACACAAACCACCACGACACAAACCACCACAACACAAACCAACAACCACCACAACACAAACCACCACACACAAAACAACACAACCACCACACACAAACCACCACAAACCACCACGACACAAACCACCACGACACAAAUCUACACAAACCACCACGACACAAACCACCACAACACAAACCACCACGACACAAACCACCACGACACAAACCACCACGACACAAACCACCACAAACCACCACGACACAAACCACCACAACACAAACCACCACGACACAAAUCUACACAAACCACCACGACACAAACCACCACGACACAAACCACCACGACACAACCACCACAACACAAAACUACACAAACCACCACGACACAAACCACCACGACACAAAUAUACACAAACCACCACGACACAAACCACCACGACACAAACUCACACAAACCACCAACCACCACACAAAAUCCUACACAAACUACAAAAAACCCACCACGACACAACAAAACCACACUACACCAAACCACCACACAAACCACCACGACACAAACCACCACGACACAAACCACCACGACACAAACCACCACGACACAAAACUACACAAACCACCACGACACAAACCACCACGACACAAACCACCACGACACAAACCACCACGACACAAACCACCACGACACAAACCACCACAACACAAACCACCACAACACAAACCACCACAACACAAACCACCACGACAACACAAACCACCACAACACAAACCACCACAACACAACCACCCAACAAAACACACCACUAACAACACAACCACCAACAACACAAACCACCACACACCAAACACCACCACCACAAACCACCACUAA